AUGCACGCUAAUCGUCGCCGUCGCCUAUGUUCACUCCCCUCCGUCGCCCACGCGACCAUUCUCGCGUCAAUGUCUCACACUUCCCUCCAUCGCCAUAGCUCACUCCCUCUCAUCGCCCUCGCGCACUCCCCUCCCGUCGCCUUCGCGCACUUCCCUCCCGUCGCCUUCGCGCACACCCGUCCCGUCGCCUUCGCGCACUCCCCUCCCAUCGCCUUCGCGCACUCCCCUCCCGUCGCCUUCGCGCACUCCCCUCCAAAGAGGAUGAUCACUCCCUCCGGUCGCCCACGCUUCCUUCCUGACGCACGAUCACGCUCCCUCCCCUCCCGUCGCCUUUGCGCGACGCCUCUUUCGCCCCUCCUCACUCUCUUCCGUCGCCCACGCUCACUCCCCUCCCGUCGCCCACGCUCACUCCCCUCCCAUCGCUCAUGCUCACACCCCUUACAAUGGGGACUCCCCGCGCCUUGCAACUCUCCUUCCUCCUGCUACGCCACACCCCACACUCUCGUCUCCCCAUCCCUCAUCUCCCCUUCCCUCGUCUCCCCAUCCCUCAUCUCCCCUUCCCUCGUCUCCCUAUCCCUCAUCUCCCCUUCCCUCGUCUCCCCAUCCCUCGUCUCCCCAUCCCUCGUCUCCCCAUCCCUCAUCUCCCCUUCCCUCAUCUCUCCAUCCCUCGUCUCCCCAUGCCUCACCUCCCCAUGCCUCACCUCCCCAUGCCUCACCUCCCCAUGCCUCACCUCCUCAUCGCUCAUCUCCCCAUCCCUCAUCUCCGCAUCCCUCGUCUCCCCAUCCCGCAUAUCCCCAUCCGUCAUCUCCCCUUCCCUCACCUCCCCGUCCCUCAUCUCCCAAUCCCGCAUCUCCCCAUCCCUCAUCUCCCCAUCCCUCAUCUCCCCAUCCCGCAUCUCCCCAUCCCGCAUCUCCCCAUCCCUCACCUCCCCAUCUCUCACCUCCCCAUCCCUCAUCUCCCCAUCCCUCACCUCCCCAUCUCUCACCUCCCCAUCCCUCAUCUCCCCAUGCCUCACCUCUCCAUCACUCAUCCAUCCAUCCCUCAUCUCCCCAUGCCUCACCCCAUCUCCGCCGCACCCCGUGGCAUCACCUCCUUUCCCCAUCCCGUCAUUCACUCUCCCUCCGUUCCCCAUCCUUCCAUUCCCCAUGCCUACUUUCACCAUUCCACCAUACCCCAUUCACCAUACUCCUAACCCCAUCUCCUCCUCACCCCAUCUCCUCCUAUACACAUCCGCUUCUUUCCCCUUCCCUCGUCACCGCGUCCCCUCCUCUCCCCAUCCCCUCCUCUCACCAUCCCCUCUUCUCCCCACCCCCUCCCGUCCUCUCCCCAUCCGCCCAUCCCACCUCACCACUUCCCUCCUCUUCCCAUCCAUCCUCUCCUCAUCCCUCCCCACCCGUCCUUUCCCCAUCCGAUCCUCUCACCCUCCCCUCCAGGUGUUUCCCACACCGCCCUCGGCCCAGCGGCACCUCUUCAUCCCUUGUGCUUUUCUGCACCAGGGAGCUGCUUGGGGCGCUGUGGGUGGAUGGCGGUGGGCACAGUCACACAGCAUAGGCAGACGUGGUGCUGCCUGUCCUCCCUUUCCCCCGUCCUCCCUCCCCAUCCAUCCUUCCCUUCCUCUGUUCCUCUCUUCCUCCAUACGUCCCUUCCUCCGUUUCUCUGUCCCUCUUUUCCCCUGGUCUUGUCAUUCUUUUGUAUGCUUACCGGCUGGAAUGUUGGUUGUUUGA